AUGGCUGCUGAAUCAAUUCUGGUCUCUGGAGCACAAGGAAUCUUGGCAAGUUUGAUCUCUAUUGCUACUCAAGAAAUCAGUUUAGUAUCAGGUUUCAAGGGAGAGUUGAAGAAGCUCCAGACUACCUUGACCACCAUCCAAGGUGUUCUGCAAGAUGCUGAGAACCAACAAGUGGAGAAAGUGGCAGUGAAAGAAUGGCUGAGGAGGCUCAAAAGUGUUGCUUAUGAUGCAGAUAAUGUGCUUGAUGAGUUCAACUAUGAAGUUUUAAGACGUAAAUUGGAGAUCCAGAACCGAUUGAUGGGAAAGGUACGCAAUUUCUUCUCACGCUCUAACCCAAUUGCGUUUCGUCUUAAAAUGGCCCAUAAGCUUAAGGAUAUCAAUGAAGAGUUGGAUGGAAUCAGAAAGGAUGCAAAUGACUUCAACUUUGGAGUACUGGAUCUGUACUCAUCAUCAUCAUCAUCAACUUAUGAUUCCACCCCAUCCUCCAUGAUGUACAAAGCUGAUGACAGGCAAACCACCUCUAUUAUAGACGAUUCGAAAGUAGUUGGAAGGAGAGAUGAUAAAUCAAAAGUAGUGAAUAUGCUUGUCAACACUAGCAAUGAUCAAAUCAUCUCGGUCUUCCCCAUUGUAGGAAUGGGGGGACUUGGUAAGACCACUCUUGCUCAAUCGGUCUUCAAUGAUUUGUCAAUUGUGAAGAACUUUGAUUUAAGAAUGUGGGUAUGCGUGUCUGAACCAUUUGAAGUCCAUAGACUUCUAAAAGAAAUCAUAGAAUCAGCUAGUGGUGGAACUAAAUGUGAUGCAUCAAACUUGGAUGUCAUAGCACGAAAGCUCCAAGAGAAAUUGAUGGGCAAACGUUUUUUGCUUGUACUGGAUGAUGUUUGGAGUGAAGAUGGUGAAAAAUGGGACAACUUGAUAAAUCCCUUAAAAUCUGGUAGUGUAGGUAGCAAAAUUAUUGUGACUACACGUAGCAAUAAUAUUGCAAAGAUGAUGAGUACCCCAAAUUACAUUCAUCAUUUGGGAACAUUAUCAGACCGAGAUUGUUGGUCUUUGUUUAGUCAAAGAGCAUUUAGUCAUGGCGAGAUCCCCCCCAAUAAUCUGGUGGAUAUUGGAAAGAGAAUCGUAAAGAAGUGUGGAGGAGUACCUUUAGCAGUAAAGGUCUUAGGAAGCUUGAUGCACUCCAAAAUAGAAGAACAUGAGUGGUUGCAUAUGGAACAAUGUGAAAUUUGGAAUUUACCAGAAGUGAGCAGUAGAAGAAUAAUGGGGAUAUUAAAGUUGAGUUACGAUCAUCUGCCAUCACACUUGAAACGUUGUUUUGCAUAUUGUUCAGUAUUCCCCAAGGAUUAUAAAUUUGAAAAAAAAUUCUUGAUACAAUUAUGGAUGGCAGAGGGAUUCCUUCAACAACCACCCAAAGGAAGCAAACAAAUAGAAGAUGUUGGCAAUGAAUGUUUCUAUAUAUUAUUGUGGAAUUCCUUUUUCCAAGAUGUGGAGAAGGAUGCUUACGGAGAUAUAGAGACAUGUAAGAUGCAUGAUCUUGUACAUGAUCUUGCACAAGUUGUUGGAAAGCUUGACUAUUCCACUAUGCAUCAAGCCAAUAAUGUGGGAGACAUUUCUGAUGAAGUUCGUGGUCUGUCUCUUUUUCUUGAUUGUGAUGAUGAGGAAACAUUAAUUAUUCCUGAAGUGUUGGAGAAGGCAAAGAAAUUACGGACAUUAAUAUUAUCAUCAUCAAGCUUGAUCUCAAAUGACAUGUUGAUGAACUUUCAGAGCUUGCGUGUGUUGGACGUAUGUGACUGCAAUAUGAAAGAGGUGCCACCUUCAAUAAGAAAAUUGAAACAUUUAAGGUACCUUGACCUAUCAGAUAAUCCAAUUGAAGUGUUGCCUGAGUCUAUCACUACCCUUUACAAUUUGCAGACGUUAAAACUCAAUUAUUGCGAUGAUCUCAAAGAGCUUCCCAAGGAAAUGAGAAAGAUGGUUUGCCUGAGACAUGUUGAAUUUAAAUGGGGAAACGAAUGCACUGAGAUGCCAAUUGAGAUGGGGAGAUUGAUAGAUCUACAAACAUUAACAUAUUUUAUAGUGGGCAAAGAUGGAGGACACAGUAUUAAACAACUAAGGUGCUUGAAUAAUCUAAGAGGAGAACUGACUAUAAAGGGUCUGGAGAACGUAACAACUGGAAUAGAAGAAGCCAGGGAGGCAAAUUUGAGAGGGAAGCCAGAUGUUCGUGAUUUAACAUUAGAGUGGGGGCAUUCUAGGAAUACUACUGCUGGCCUAUUAAUGAAUGAUGAUGAUGAUGCUGUGUUAGAAGGCCUAGAACCUCAUCCAAACUUGAAAAGGUUUUCGCUUCGAAACUUUGGCGGUGCAAAAUAUCCUACAUGGAUGGCAUUAAGUGGUUUGUCAACAUAUAAAAAUUUGAUUGAGUUUAAACUCUAUGGUUGCCGUAGAUUGGAAUAUGUCCUAACGUUAGGGGUGCUACCAUGUUUGAGGGUUCUUUGGUUAAAUGACAUGGAAAAGGUGAAAUGUAUUGGUCAGGAAUUCUAUUAUAGCAGCAACAAUAGUGGUAGUACUAGAGCAGCUUCUUCUUCUUCUUCAAGGACGACGGUGGUAGCAUUUCCUUCACUUAAGGAACUAUAUUUAUAUAGAAUGCGUAAUUUGGUUGAAUGGUCGGAAGUAAAAAACUCCUUUCUAUCUCUUGAGGAGUUGCGGGUCGUCUUAUGCCCUGAGUUGAAAAUCACGCCAAGUGGAUUCCCUUUCCUCAAAAACUUGUGGUUUGACGUAACAAAUGAGAUGGCACUAAAGUCACUGUCAAGCAACCUUAUCUCUCUCAACUUUAUUGAUAUUCGUUCCUGUCAAGACCUCAAGUCUGUGCCAGGGAGGUUGCUACAAAACAAUGCAUAUUUUCUUGAGACCAUGAUGUUUUCGUAUUGCCCUAAGCUUGAAACAAUUUUUCCAAGUCAAGAAGAACAAGUUGAGAUAUCCCCUCUGCUCACCCCACUAGUCUUUCCGUCUCUUCGAUCAUUGUCAAUACACAAGUGUCCUUUUGUAAAGCCUUUUCCGGAGGAAUUACGGGGAAUGACUUCUCUUCGAUCGUUGAAAUUGACUGGCUUUUGGGAAUUGAAGUCACUACCAGAGGGGUUACAACAGCUCACUAUGCUUGAGACACUAAAAAUUGGUCGGUUUUCAGAGGGGCUGAAGGAGGUGGAUUACAUAAAAGGGGAAGAGGAUCUCCACACCUUGUCUCCCUUCGAGACCUAAGACUUAUUGGGUGGCCAGAGCUCAAGAAUCCCCAGCGAGGCCAACUAAAGCACCUCACUAAUCUACUAUUUUACGAUCGAUAAUUAAUCAUGAUCCUAUCUAGCUUCGCUGAUGGAGGUCCAUUACCCAGCUAGGAUAUUGUUCAGCAAAUUGGGACCCAAAAGCUUGGGCGUGAGAGAAAUGGAGAAACUGUGGGAGGAUUGGAUGGGGCCAGGUGGGGGGCUUAUGCAGCCACUUUCUUCCACUUCAUUGCUAUUUGCAAAGAAUAUCAUCUCAAGCUUCAACAAAUAGCAAUAUCUUGCCCCAC